AUGGACGCGGCAACAGGGACUCGGCCGCCCCGAAGCAGAGACCAGCGCCCGUGCAAUCUUCUUCAUCUCCGUCACCAUCGUCAGCAUCGUCAACAUUCUAUCACGUCCUCUCCAUUUGCUCUCUUCGCGAAUCUGUACUCCUCGCCUGUUGACACAGUUGCCGACGACGUGGUGCGGCGAGGACAGCCGCCGGCCCUCGGCUCGCGGUCCUCGUGGAGGCUCGCGGUUGAUGCCUGGGUGCCCGCCCCCGCCCCCGCCCCGCCCCGCCGCGCGCGCCGCGGCCUGCCGACGCCCCCGGGGGUGACGGUGACCCGGAUUUUACAAUUGGCCUUGAUUUCAGUUGCGAUCAGACGUUGUACAAAGGACCGCAGAAAACUUCGUGCUUUAGGCACUGCGAGAAAAGGGAUAUGGGCUACAAAGGCAGCACUUUCCAUCGUGUUAUCCCACAUUUUAUGGGCCAGUGUUUCUCGUGUGCUAAAGAAUGCACUUUACAGUGUCUUGUCCAUGGCCAAUGCUGGGACGCAUACUAACGGCAGCCAGUUUUUCAUUACAACUGCCAAAACAAGCUGGCUUGACAAUCGCCCGUUGUAUUCGGCAAUGUUGUGA